AAUUCCGCAGUUACAUUUAUAGCUGUUGAAACUGUUCUUCUUUACAAUAUUUUUCAGGUAUUCAGAUGCCAAGUACAAAUUACGUAUGGGAAAGUAAACAAAAUAAUAAACCAAUAAAUGUCACUGAUGUGAACGAGUUUUUUUGUCAUAUGGAAAAAAGUAACGUUUGCGUGAAAUAUACGUACAUAUAUAAUAGUGCAGUUGUGAAUGUCAGUUAUUUCUGUGGAAAAGUCAUAGAGGACCAAACAACAGCCAUUACAGCAGGUUGCUUUGUUCAGUAUACCGAGGGAUACACUAUUGAAGUAUGCGCAUGCAGAUCUAGAGACGGCAGCAUGCCUUGCAAUUCAACAAUAAGAAAUACAUAUUCCAUGUUAAUCAUCUUUAUAGCUACAUCUAUUUCACUAUUCAUGUAUACAAUUUAUAAUACUUUCUAACAUUUUUUUCUGCUUUUUUAAUUCUCUAAUGUAGAUAAAAUUAGUAUAAAU